GAGGUAGACACGUAAAGCUCAUCCCGAUCGCCCCGCGACCAAUUACAAACGGGAACAUUUUUGACGCUUGUACAAGGAAACUAGCAAGAAACGAUGCCAUCUGCUACGACAAGCCCCGAGUCUGUGAUUGUCCACCCCCUCGUCCUCCUGUCCGUUGUAGACCAUUACAACCGAACAGCGCGUAAUACCAAGAAGCGCGUGGUGGGGGUUUUGUUGGGACAAAAUGUUGGGAGUAAAGUAAAUGUGGCGAAUAGUUAUGCUGUUCCGUUUGAGGAGGACGAUAAAGACCCUUCGAUUUGGUUUUUGGACCAUAAUUACCAUGAAGCCAUGUACGACAUGUUCAAAAAAGUCAAUGCAAAGGAAAAGAUUGUAGGAUGGUAUCACAGCGGUCCCAAACUCCGCGCAUCAGAUUUGGAGAUCAAUGAGCUUUUCAAGCGGUAUAUUCCAAACCCUGUGCUUGUCAUUAUUGACGUUAAGCCCAAGGAUUUGGGAAUACCUACCGAUGCAUAUUAUGCCGUAGAAGAGAUUCACGAUGAUGGAACCGCCACAACAAAAACAUUCAAUCACAUCCCCUCCCAAAUCGAAGCUGAAGAAGCCGAAGAAAUUGGCGUAGAGCAUCUCCUUCGUGAUAUCAAGGACACAUCGGUCGGCACGCUUUCCACUCAAAUCACCAAUCAACUUAAUUCCCUGAAAGGCCUGCAAAACCAUUUAUCGGAUAUUCAAAAUUAUUUGACAAAAGUCCUAUCGGGGUCGUUACCCGUCAAUCAUCAAAUUGUCUAUAACCUCCAGGAUAUCUUUAACCUCCUCCCCAACCUCCAGGUUCAAGAAACCGUCAAAUCCUUUGCAGUCAAGACCAAUGAUGAAUUGUUGGUCAUGUAUCUGUCGAGUUUGAUUCGGGCAGUGAUUGCUUUGCAUGGGUUGAUUGAAAAUAAGUUGAUGUUGAGGGAUGCGGAGCGGAAGGAGGAGGGUGGGGGUGAGCCAGAAAAGAAGGAUGUGGUGGAGAAAAAGGAGGGGGAUAAGACAGAGGAAAAGACAGAAGAAAAGAAAUAGUUGCCUUUCAAAAUAUAGGGUUUGUGUUCUGCGUGUUGAUUUUUGCAACCAUUACAUAAGUCGCUAGGAUAUCACCAGCCGACCCUCUUUUAGCAAAAAAACAACACCCUCAUGGCUAUAUACACUCCAUUCAUUAUACAUUGCUACCGCCCGUCCGUCAUC